AGAAAUGCACAAUCAAGUUACUUUAGUAGAGGAACCAUAAUGAAAAAUAAUCAAUUUUAUGAGAGAGAAACCUGGAUAAAUUAUUAAUUCUUGAUUCAAUGGUACAUGCCAAUCUAUUAUAUGGAGCUAGAGGCACUUCAAAUUAUGAUUACAGUCUCUGAAAAAAUAUUAUUUUUCAAUAAAUCAAGAACAUUUUUCAUUCAAAUAUUUUUGUUCAGAUUCAGCGAGAUAGUUGCUCUUGUCUCCUUGUCCACCACCUUCUUCCUCUUCAUACACACCAGGGACCUCAACAUCAGACUGGCGGAGAAUGCGCAGUUCGAAGCAUCCGUCUCCGGUUCAGCAUCCGCCAUAGGACAGGGAGAGAGCAGUUUAAACAAGGAUCGUCGGAUAGAGGCGGAAAGAUUGGCGGAUUUAGAGCUGUAUGGGAAGCUUGAUCCUAUGGAGCUGAAUAAUACAAGGAAGGCUGUGAAAGAAACAUUAUUUUUCAACCGCGUUCCCAAGGUUGGUAGUCAGACCACAAUGGAAUUAUUAAAAUCUUUGGCAAUAAAGAAUAAUUUUCAUUAUCAUAAAGACAGAACGCAGAAGGUGGAAACCAUUAAACUCUCCAACAGUGAGCAG